AACGAGUUGGAGUCGUCGGCCAACACAAGUCGAAGAUGGCAGACAAGGGCUCGGCGCCAAAGUCGCUGGUCAAGCACAGCUUUGCCGGCAUUGCCGCGGGCGGUAUCAGCACGGCCAUCUUGUACCCGCUGGACCUCGUGAAGACACGGUAUCAAAUCCAUGAGAACUCGCCCAAGGCGUUCCGGUCGUUGGGCCAAGCGUUCGUAUCGAUCGUCAAGACGGACGUGACCGGGCGCUACAACUUUCGAGCGCUGUACCAAGGCAUGAGCCCCGCUCUGUAUGGGACGACGCUGUCGUGGGGGCUCUACUUUUUCUUUUACGAGCACGCCAAAUCGUUUUAUGCUGACCAAACGAUCUUGCCUCCGUGGGUCGGCCACUUUGCGUCGGGUAUCCAAGCAGGCGCCAUGUGCGUGCCCCUGACCAACCCAAUCUGGCUUGUCAAGGUCCGCAUGCAAGUGCAAGCCACCCACCCAUCGCAGGUGCCUUACAAAAACAUGGCGAACGCUCUGCAGCGCAUCGCGGUGGAAGAGGGCAUCUCCGCGCUGUAUAAAGGCGUUGUGCCUGCUCUAUUUUUGACCACACACGGCGCCUUCAAGUUUGUCGCGUACGAGUGGCUCAAGACCGAGUACAACGAACUCGUCCGCGCCCCGCUCGCGAUUCCCCAGACGCUGGUGAUGGGAGCCCUUGCCCAGGCGUUUGCGUCGACUGCCACGUACCCGUACCAAGUGAUCAAGACGCGGCUGCAGCAAGGUGGGCCGUCCGCAGACAAGUACACUGGAACGUGGGAUUGCACGAAGCGCAUCGCGAGACACGAGGGGGUGCGAGGCUUUUACAAGGGGCUCACCCCCAACUUGAUCAAAGUCCUGCCCACCGGAGCAUUGAUCUUUGCCGUGUACGAAUAUGUGUAUCAGCUACUCGAUGGCCCCAAGCUGCAGGCGUAAAACACCUCCCACUGUUGCAAAUAUGAUAAAUGGUUGGAAAAUGCCUUGUUUCCGCCACCCUCGAUGUAUCUUCGUCUGAUUCAAUUCGAGCGCUUAUGCUACGAUACCAGAGCAGUCCUGACAAGUCGCUGGCACAAGUCGUCCAGGACGAGUGCUCGACAGGAGCAUCUUGUACCACCAGUCUAUGUUGCCCCAACCUUUCCAAGCUCUUACACACAGGUUUGUUGAAAGGUAGGAAUUACUUUUCCAGUGAGGUUUCGACGGCGCUGUCACCAAACUUGACGUUGGGGUACCACGUGGCGAGCGUACGCUCCAGUUCUUUAAAGGCCGCGUCCAGGUCGUUGUUGACGAGAAUCUUGUCAAAGUGGCCUUCGUCAGCGUAGGCGAGUUCUCCCGUUGCGUUGGCCAGACGCAGAGCAAUCUUAUCUUCGGACUCAGUGCCGCGGCCUCGAAGACGGGUUUCCAGGUCGGCCAUCGACGGUGGCGCCACGAACAUAUAGUGGACGUUCAAGUCCUUGGCCUGUUUCACUUGCUGCACGCCUUGGAUAUCAAUGUCCAAGACGCAGAUCUUCCCGGCAUCCUGAACGUCUUGCACCGACUUCUUGCUCGUGCCGUAUCCGUUGCCAUGGACGCGGGCAUACUCGACGAACGCAUCCGCGUCGACAGCUUCGUCGAAGACGUUCUUGGACACAAAGUGGUACGCAAUGCCGUUCUCUUCGCCUGCAAGGCCCCUGAAUUCACCGGCUCAUGCGAUGGCUGCAAUACCUGGUCGAGGACUGCGAGUCGUGUGGCUGACAGAGAACCCAAACAAGUCGGGGUACUUGGCGAGAAGGCGCGCGAUUAGUGUACCCUUGCCUACACCAGAAGGCCCAGCAAUCACAAGAGGCUGUAGCGGUCCAGCAGGCGCGAUCACGCGCGACGACGAUGGCCCGAGCUCCGAGUCAGGUUCGUAGUGCACGGAGCUCAUGUUGCGCGUUCAAAUGUGUCAGUGGUGUCGUCCACGGACACCAGUCGCGAUAUGCGGUUCGUCUUCGAGGAAACACGAGGA